AUGAACGGCAACGGUACUGUUCGGCGCCAGCCGCUGGACAUCGAGGAGAUCCUACGGAAGAAGAAAGAGGCAGAUGCCGCAGCCGCAAAGCCUCGGUUCAUGACCAAAGCCCAGCGAGAGGCCCUUGCUGCCAAGAAAGCGCAAGAAGAGAAGGAGAAAGAAGAGGAGAAACAACGGCAGAAACAGCAGGCUCCACUGGAUAAGGCUCCAUCGUACCGAAACGGAAAUCGCGAUAGCUAUACAAAUGGCAAGACAGACAAGUCGCGAGACUACUCUAUUCCAACAGGGCCGAAAGCCAUGCGCGAUCAGAACGGUCACCAAGAUAGGGGACAGGAGAACGGAAAUAGCCGUAGCGAACCACCAAAACCUGCCGUCUCUACGAAGGGCAGCAAGAGGCUAGCGGAGCAAGACGAAACUUCUCUUAUUCGAGCCAGAUAUAUGGGCCCGGAGAUGAAUCAAAGCACAUUCUCUGCUAAGAAAAAGAGGAAGCGCACUACGGAGAAGAAGUUCAAUUUCGAGUGGGACGCAGAGGAGGACACCAGUCAAGACCAAAAUCCUAUUUACGCAGAACAGACCACGUCAUUCUGGGCAGGAAAACUGGGCGGCUUUGGCGAAGACGUUGCGGAGGAAUCCGCAAAGAAGUUCGCCCGUCAACUGGAAGAUGCCGAUCCAGAGCACGGCAGGGAACGGGCAAGAGAGUAUCUUGAGCAGUGGCGUCGCGGCCGAGAAAGGGCAACCCGAAACGGGCUUGGCAAGCAUUGGUCUGAGAAGAAACUCGACGAGAUGCGCGAGAGAGACUGGCGCAUCUUCAAAGAAGACUUUGGUAUAGCGACCAAGGGCGGCGCGAUUCCAAAUCCCAUGCGGAGCUGGAAGGAGUCUGGCCUACCGCGCCGACUUCUCGAGGUUGUGGAUCAAGUCGGAUAUACUGAGCCGACACCUAUUCAGAGAGCUGCGAUUCCGAUAGCACUUCAAGCUCGUGAUCUCAUUGGUGUGGCUGUGACUGGUUCGGGAAAGACUGCAGCUUUCCUGCUUCCUCUACUGGUCUACAUCUCUGGAUUGCCGCCCCUCGACGAGUAUACAAAGGCGGACGGACCUUACGCUCUGAUUUUAGCCCCAACUCGUGAACUGGCGCAGCAAAUCGAAUCAGAAGCAAAGAAGUUUGCAACACCUUUGGGCUUUACUUGUGUCAGUAUCGUUGGUGGUCACUCACUUGAGGAACAAGCUUUCAACCUCAGAAACGGUGCCGAGAUCAUCGUUGCCACCCCAGGACGUUUGGUUGAUACGAUUGAAAGGCGCUUGCUCGUCCUUUCCCAGUGUUGCUACAUUGUCAUGGACGAGGCUGAUCGUAUGAUUGACUUGGGCUUCGAAGAGUCUCUCAACAAAAUUCUUGAUGCUCUUCCGGUUGGAAAUGAGAAGCCAGACACGGAAGAGGCCGAAAAUACACAACUCAUGAGCAAAUACAUUGGAGGCAAGGACAGGUACAGACAGACGAUGAUGUACACGGCCACCAUGCCUACGGCAGUGGAGAAGAUAGCGAAGAAGUACCUUCGACGCCCAGCCAUCGUGACUAUCGGUAACGCUGGCGAGGCUGUCGAAACUGUGGAGCAGCGUGUUGAAUUCGUUGGUGGCGAGGACAAGCGAAAGAAGAGGCUGGGCGAGAUUCUCAAUUCGGGACAAUUCCAGCCGCCCAUUAUCGUCUUCGUCAAUAUCAAGCGGAAUUGCGACACGGUGGCGAGGGAUAUCAAGCAUCUUGGUUAUUCUGCCGUCACACUCCAUGGCAGCAAGACUCAAGAGCAAAGAGAGGCGGCUCUGGCAUCACUUCGAAAUCACCAGACGGACAUCUUGGUGGCUACCGACUUGGCUGGACGUGGUAUUGAUGUUCCCGACGUCUCGCUUGUCAUCAACUUCAACAUGGCUACGAAUAUCGAGUCAUAUACACAUCGUGUCGGUCGUACUGGUCGUGCUGGCAAGAGUGGUGUUGCCAUCACAUUCCUUGGCAACGAAGAUGAAGAUGUGCUCUAUGAUCUGAAGCAGAUGAUCCAGAAGUCAUCAAUCUCCAAGGUGCCUGACGAGCUGAGAAGACACCCAGCAGCACAGCAAAAGCCGGUGAAGGGCAGGAAGGUUGAAGAUGUCAGUGCCCCCGGCUCAUUCGGCAAAGGCGGCGGCGGUCAGUGGUGA